AUGAAAGACGAAGCGAACAGCGCACAGCCUCUACCUCCUUUGCUUGAUAGUGCGAUUAGAGCGGUGGAGACUUGGUGGAUGGUAGCUGUGGUUUGGCUGAUCAACUUGGAGCUCUUCUGGAGAGGGGGUCUGCUGAGGGUGCUGGAGGUGCUGCUGCUGGGUGGACGUCUUACCUUAAGCCUCGUCAAGUGGGGGUCAGUUGUGCUCAUGGCCAGCUGGAUGAGCAACCGAGCGCAGCAGGCCGUCAAGCAGAGGAUCAGCCCCCCCAUGCGCACCACGCAGCUCAACUAUCCUCCCUUGUGUGUGGAGGCGGCAGGUCCCGGAAGGUUCGUGGUGGCUGGAGGAGGAGGCGAUAAGGCAAAGGGGCUGCCGAACAGAGCGACCUUGAUUGAGGAUGAUGGAGGGCAGCUGCUCGUGAAGGCCUUCGCAGCCUUCGGAUCAGACGCGGUUGAGGCGGUGGCGAUGAGCAACACGAGCAACUCGAUGCUCUGCCUGGCUGGAGGAAGCGUCACCGAGCUCUCACUCAGCAGCAUGACACCCCUGUCCUCGCAGAAGCUCGAGAUCAACAAUUCUACUGACAAGUCCGCGUGCAAGAGGCUGGCAGUGGGAUUGCAGGGGGGCUUGCUGGUGGUUUCCAACGGUUCGAAGAUCCAUUUGUACAAGAGGAGGGCAGAUGGGAAAUCUUCCUUCAAGCUGUCGUCGACGUUAGCAGGAGCAGGCAAGGCUGGCGGAGAGGAGGAGGAGAUUGUGGACCUCUCGCUCAACAAAGCAUCUUCCUUGCUCGUUUCCACCUCUCACAAGGCGAUUCGCGUGUGGGACUUGUCCAGCCACACCUGCCUUGCUCAGGCGUCGUGCGAUGAUUUCAUGACGGACAUGGAGGGCAAUGCAGUGGAACUUGCAGCUUGCCGCUUCUGCGAUGAGGGUCAGAGUGUGUGUAGCGCCAUCAACACACCGACGGGAGGGUUGGUGCUGCUUCACAGCCUCAAAGGCAAGGCGCUGGCAGUGGAGCGGCGGGUGAAGGUGACCGGAGGACGCGUGACGAGUCUUGACGUGACUGCCAACUUCCUGGUGGUGGGAACGGACAAGGGCGACAUGCUGCAGCUCAGCUGCGAUCGCCUGCGGGUCCUGCGGCGAGCAAGUCAUCACGUGAUGCCGGUGACUGGCCUCAAGGCGCUCGCACAUGGGGACGUGAUGAGCGUCGGGUUUGACAACCUCGCGGCUCUGGUGGAGUUUAGCUGUAACUCGGUGCCCUUGCUGGGGGACAGGUGGAAGAAGCUUGCACACCGCGGACAACAAAUAAUGUCGGCAGCAACCGACUGGUUUGACAUGUUGAUAGAGCUGGGGAGCAGGCGGGGACGCGUGAUGGGUCGAUCGCUGCUGUCCUCAGCUCAAAACUUUCAAGUACCUUCUGUGCAGGUGACCGAGCUGGUGGAGGCGAUGAAGGAGAAGGUGAUGAACAGCUUCUCUCGCAAGGUCGAAACCCCGCACCUCUGA